UGUGUGCCUCGCUGUGCUGUGCUGUGCGGUGGAAGGCUGAUAUUAGUUCGGCUGCAGCGCCGACUUCCGAACCAGUCAAUCGCUAGACAUCGCCGGUUGUAGAACGUGUUGUGCUGUUUGCACCUUUGCGCAAGUGAGUAAGAAGUCUCGUUCUCGUCCAAAUAAAGUUCCGUUUCCGGAGUUUUGGGCCAUCAGCUGCCGCUGUGUCGUGUGGGAAGCCUUCUUUCGGGUUUAUCGUGUCACCGUCCGUCCGUCCGCAGUGGCGCAAAUUGAAGUAAGAGUGCUGCGUUGCGUUCAGCUUGGCGGGUCUGGUGUUAAGGAAUUUCGCAUUUUGUCGAAUAAUAUAGAAUACGAAGGCGAAAGGAAGCGAAGGAGCGUUUUUGGGUUGAUACGCGCGCUAUUGUGUAAUAUUGAAGAGAGAAGGCGGUUGAAAAAGGCGAAAAAGUUUAUUGUUGCGAAUCGAGGUAAAUAACAGCAAAAAAUCGAAUCGAAUUUUCUUGUGAUGUAGUUACGAAUGUUGUCGAAUCGGAACCGUAUCCUGUAAGCACUUCCGAAAGUGGAGGUUCGAAGAAAAGAAGGUCAGUACCGGUAUAGAAAAGAAUCAAUAGCGAGAAGUAGCAAAUAGCGCUAUAUCGGGCGGAGGAAGCUUAUAAAAACAAGUGUGGUUUCUCGUCGAAAGAGGUGUAUUGAAGUGUUUUUUUUUGCGAGUGCGGUGUGAGCUCGGGAAGAAAACCGGGACAGGAUUUUUAUUGAAGCAAUUUGUCUUCGAGCUCCAAACGGAAGUAGAAACAGCAGCCGCAGAAGAAAAUAACCAGGAGCGAGUGUGUGGAAAACAUCGUUCCGGAAGGAAAGCAAGGAAACCAGAAGUUUUAUUCACUCCCACCUCUGCAUACGAUAGCAAUGGAUGAGCGGCAAACGGUCGCGUAGCUUCAAGUGUGCAGUACAUCAUCGCGAUCGUGAAGUGUGCUCGGAGAACGAUUUUCAUCUGAUAUUUGAAGAUCCACCAUUAUUCAAGAGAAUGGUGCACGUAAUAGCAAUGGAAGUGCUCCCCGAAGAGCGGGAUCGGAAAUACUAUGCAGACAACUAUUCAUGUUGUCCGCCUCCUUUAUUUGUGAUAUUAGUUACAUUAGUUGAGUUGGGUUUCUUCACCUAUCACACGCUUACCUCGGGUCAGGCGGAUCCGGCCGGUCCGGUCCCGAUCGAUUCGAUGUUCAUCUACCGGCCAGACAAACGACAGGAAGUGUGGCGGUUUUUAUUCUACAUGGUUCUACAUGCCGGAUGGUUCCAUCUGGGUUUCAACCUAGUCGUACAACUACUAGUUGGGUUACCAUUAGAGAUGGUACACGGUUCAACUAGGAUAGGUUGCGUUUAUCUGGCAGGAGUGCUUGCUGGUUCGUUAGGAACCAGUGUGUUCGACCCCGAAGUCUACCUCGUCGGUGCCAGUGGAGGUGUCUAUGCUCUGUUGGCUGCUCAUCUAGCGAAUGUAAUGCUUAAUUACCGCAACAUGCAGUACGGCAUUAUUCGGCUACUUGCGAUAUUCCUAUUCGCAUCAUGCGAUGUCGGUUUCGCGAUCUACUCCCGGUAUGCGGUGGAACCGGACAGCGGGGCACCCUCGGUGUCGUACGUCGCCCAUCUCACCGGGGCCCUGGCCGGCCUAACGAUAGGCUUGCUGGUGCUCAAGAACUUUGAGCAGAAACUGCACGAGCAGUUGCUGUGGUGGGUGGCGCUCGGGGUGUACGCCGCCUGCACCAUCUUCGCUGUCGUGUUCAACCUACUAAAUACCGUCACCGUGCAGAGGCUAGAGGAGGAAGGCGAACAGGUCCUGAAGCAGCGGCUUUUCAACAACUUUGGAUUUUAGUCGGCUGGUCAUCGGAUAUCCCGAUCGGUCACACACACUCGAGGCGUCGUUCGAAUGCGUUCUGAACGUGGCCGUUUUCUUCGGCGGAUUCCGACCGGAGAUGCGGCGAACCUAGCCGUGGAGUCUAAAAAUUCAAAGCAAUGGGCGAAAGGUGCAUAGAUUCUGUGCGAUUGAGGCUGUGGGCACAUGGAAUUGAACUACUUAGGGCCUCGGAAAAAAGUUGUGAUUUGUGUAUAGACUUAUUUUGUAUCGAUUAUGUUUAUAUCUUUGGGAAUUUAGUAGGAACUUCAAAGUCUUGAACCGACAUCAGUAUGAAUUGAUUAGUGAAGAGAACAAAAAUGGCAAGCUCAGUGACCUCGGCAAACUGAUCAUGGAUGGGAAGUCGUUAUUGAUGAUCAGUUUUAGAUUUAUGUGAUUUUGUAAAAAUAAGCGAAAAGUAUGCGGAAGGUAAGCUCGACAAUCAAUUUGGCUACGUGCACAGAAGAAACCAAAAAAUACGUAACACCAUCCAGUGGGUUAUAAUAAUAAAGUGCAUUACAUAUAUUUUGUAAUAUCUAGCCGAUUCAAACUUUUUCCAUCUAGCAAGCGCGGGCCAUUUUGAUUGUACCGUGAAGCGAUCCAUUUCGGUCCAAGAUACCAAAGACUGUAAAUGACAUUAUUUCUAUGGAAACGCGAUGAUCGUAGAUAGCGAAUAUCGACCAAUCAAAGGAGUCGAUGAUCUCCUGGUUCAAGUCCAGAGUACAUUUUUUUGUGUGUAAAUACGUGUACACUUUUAUAGAAACUAAAGCAAUCCGAGUCGAACCCAAACCUGCUUUUUAAGAAAUUUCUUAAGCGAAAUCUACGAAAAUGUAUAAUAUGAAAGCACUGUACAUUCACUCAUUCUAAUCUCAUUGCAAGUAGGUAGGAAUACCUUUCGUUCCAAAUAUGCAAAAAUACGAGUAAACAAUUUAGUUAGGCUCUUUGAAAUGAAAUGCAUUGAAAUAAAGAGAAAAUCCUAUUAAUACUGCAUAUUACUAUUACUACACUGCUAAAAGAGGAAAUCAAUAAUUCUAGUCAAUUUCUUUGAAACUAUUAUAAUUAUUAAUUUUAUUAUAAUUAACAUUAACAAAUCCGAACUUUUUGAAGAGUAUCGUAGCAAAAAUUACACACAUACACACUCAACUUAUUCAAGUCAUUAAUCACAAAGAAAUUUAGUGUUUAUUUAUUAUCUUUGCCCUGAACAAGCAAUCAAACAAGUAUACAGUUGCCGUCAAAACAGUGAAAAACGUCCCCCGGUGCGGAAGCAAUAACUUCCCACCGCUUGAACUGUUAUCGAAAUCGAUUCUGUUGAUCACAAUCCUAAUUGUUUUUUUUGUGCGUCUUAAAGUAAUAUAAUUUUUGUUUUAUUAAACACUAGGAAAAGCCAAAGAAGAUUUAUUUAUUUUUUAUAUCGUAAAUUAUUUCAAGACUAUAAACAAAAUCAGGUCGAACGAAUCUUUCUACGGGAAAUGUUUGCGUAACUCUCCAGUAAUAGUUGUUAUACAAAAGAAAACGUGUAAAUCAAAUGCCUUACCAAAUAGAAAUAAACCAAAAAGUAUCCCUCCACUUCCUGUCUCCUUCGAAAAAAAAAGUAAAUCCAAGUUGUUCUAGCGAAAGUACAAACCAAAUUUUUGGAUGAAAUGUGCUUUUCUUGGAACAUUUUUUUGUGUAACACGCACUGCCAGUAACACACACUAAUAAAUAAACGAAAUUCAAAAACGCAUUCAUUUUCUUAGGGAUUACGUGAAACAUAGAGGAAGAAAUAUUUCUUCCACGAAUAAGGUUAUCGACAGUGGAUUUAAAUGUAAUAGGUAUUUAUGAUAAAUUAUUGUAUGCGAAGGAAAACAUAUGCAAAGCGAGAAAAAAAGAAAAUAUCGAAAAGAAAACAAUAAUAAAAAUAAUUCUAAAAAUAA